CCUUCUGUUACGUUUCAACACCUUCACACAAGCUCCAAGAAUACCCUCUCUCCAAAAUUUCACCUUCACAUUGGCGCCAGCGCACGGAAAACCAAUUUCUCUUUGAAUAAUAAGCAGCAGAUCUUGAUCCUCGUCUCCAUUUUGCAGGCAUCAUAACUAUAUACUUGUUAUUGCAAAGAGAAAGUCAUCAUGGCUGCUUCAGAAGAGAACAGUGCAUUGUUCCCAAUUUUCAUAUUGACUAUAAUGGCCCUCCCUUUGGUGCCUUACACUAUAAUGAAGUUAUGCCGUGCUGCCUCCAGGAAAACAAAGAGCAUCCACUGCCAGUGUUCUGAAUGCACUCGUUCUGGGAAGUACCGCAGAUCAAUAUUUAAGCGGAUCUCAAACUUCUCGACAUGUAGCAACUUAACCUUGGUGCUACUUUGGGUCGUCAUGAUCAUCUUGGUUUAUUACAUUAAACACAUAAGCCAAGAGAUUCAAAUAUUUGAGCCAUUUAGCAUUCUUGGAUUAGAAUCUGGAGCUUCAGAUUCAGAAAUAAAGAAGGCAUACAGGAGACUCUCGAUUCAAUACCAUCCUGAUAAAAAUCCGGAUCCAGAGGCCCAUAAAUAUUUUGUGGAGUUCAUAUCUAAGGCUUAUCAGGCUCUCACAGAUCCAAUCUCACGUGAGAAUUAUGAAAAGUAUGGCCAUCCUGAUGGUAGGCAGGGAUUUCAAAUGGGCAUAGCUCUCCCUCAGUUCCUGUUAAACUUUGAUGGAGCAACUGGUGGAAUUCUUUUACUUUGGAUUGUUGGUGUUUGUAUUCUCUUGCCACUGGUGAUAGCUGUUGUAUAUCUAUCAAGAUCAGCAAAAUAUACUGGGAACUAUGUCAUGCAUCAAACUCUGUCUACUUACUAUUACUUCAUGAAACCUUCUUUGGCCCCAAGCAAAGUUAUGGAUGUCUUCAUUAAGGCUGCAGAAUACAUGGAAAUUCCAGUCCGUAGGACUGACAAUGAGCCCCUUCAGAAACUGUUCAUGUUAGUAAGGAGUGAGUUAAACUUGGACCUUAAGAACAUUAAGCAAGAGCAGGCAAAGUUUUGGAAGCAGCAUCCAUCACUAGUUAAGACAGAAUUGUUGAUUCAGGCGCAAUUAACUCGUGAAUCAGCAACCUUAUCACCUGCGUUGCUAGGUGAUUUCAGACGUGUGCUGGAACUCUCACCUCGCCUUCUUGAAGAACUAAUGAAGAUGGCAGUUAUACCACGCACUUCUCAAGGACAUGGAUGGUUGAGGCCUGCAAUUGGUGUUGUUGAGCUUUCUCAAUGUAUCAUUCAGGCUGUUCCUCUCAGUGCAAAAAAGGCAGCUGGAGGAUCUCCUGAAGGCAUUGCACCCUUUCUGCAGUUGCCGCAUUUCAGUGAGGCUAUUAUAAAAAAGAUAGCCCGUAAGAAAGUGCGGACAUUUCAGGAGCUCUCAGACAUGCCCCUGCAGGAGCGUGCUGAGCUGCUUACUCAAACAGCUGGUUUCUCUUCUGCUGAAAUACAAGAUGUUGAGAUGGUACUGGAAAUGAUGCCUUCCAUAACGAUCGUAGUUACAUGUGAGACUGAAGGCGAAGAGGGUAUACAAGAGGGUGACAUUGUCACAGUUCAGGCCUGGGUAACACUCAAACGAACUAACGGCCUCAUUGGUGCCCUCCCUCAUGCGCCCUACUUCCCAUUUCACAAAGAAGAAAAUUUCUGGUUCCUGCUUGCAGACCCCGUGUCCAAUAAUGUCUGGUUUUCCCAGAAGAUGAGUUUCAUGGAUGAAGCUGCAGCUAUAACUGCUGCCUCAAAGGCAAUUGAGGAUACAAUGGAGGGAUCUGGAGCAAGCGUGAAGGAAACAAGUGCAGCAGUCAGAGAAGCAGUCGACAAGGUGAAGGCUGGCUCCCGACUGGUUAUGGGGAAGUUGCAGGCCCCUGCAGAGGGGAAUUAUAACUUGAGCUGUUUCUGCUUGUGCGACUCUUGGAUUGGCUGCGACAAAAAGAUCAACUUAAAGGUGAAAGUUGUGAAACGGACUAGGGCUGGCACCAGGGGAGGUCCUGUGGCAGAAGAGGGACCUAUUUUGGAGGAUGGGGUCGAGGAGGAAGAAGAGGAUGAAGGAGAGGAAUAUGAUGAUUAUGAGAGUGAAUACAGUGAAGAUGAUGCAGACGAACAGCGAACGAGUAAGAAAGGUGCUGUUGCCAAUGGCAAAGCACAUAAUAAAGGCAGCCAAAACCGGUCAAGUUCAGAGUCUUCAGGCACAGAUGAAGAGUGAUAUGAUUGUCUGAUUUCUAUCCUACAUUGAGCAAAUAAUCUUUAUUCUUAAAAAAUAUUUUGUUUGGAAAGGGAACUUAAAACAGAGCCCCUGUAGACAUGGGUCCAGAGGCCCCUCAUGGCUGGUUUUUAAUUACUGAUCUGUGGAACACUUGCCUCUUUUUUUCAAGAGAAUGAUGGGGUUUUAUGCAUUUUAGACCUUGUCUCCCUCUGU